UUCCAGGAGGCAUAACAUCGAAUAACAAUAUCUGAAUUAGUGGGCGCAGAGCUAAAAAAACCGACCACUUGGCCGAAACCGAAACAAACUAAAAAUAAUUUGAAGCCCAAGAAAUGUUAAAAAUAAAACUAAAAGAAAUCAACGAAUUUUCGUCGGCUACACAAGGCGGCAGCAACCGCGGCGGCAAAAAAAUAUGAACAAAAUUAAAAAGCAACCGCUUGGAGCUAGAAAAAAACCCAAUCAGCGAGCAGCAGCCACAAAAUUACAAAAAAUAGAAAAAUAGAAAAAUAGAAGCCGCACCACACACAUAGUAAAUAGCCAGAAAUUGUCGUCGUCCAGCGAAGAGGUGGUAGUGGUAGGUAGUAGCCUCCAUCAGCAGAAGCAGCGGCGGCGGCGGAAAAGCUGCGGAAAAGCUACAGAAAAUCAACGGGAAAGCGAGGCCAUCGAGAGCGUGUGGGCGGCGUUGGCUGGCAAGGACAGUGGUCGUUGGCUGUUGGUCGUUGACGUUGUCAACGGAGGCUGAAACUGAGGCUGAGGCUGAGACAGAGGCAGCGGCAGCGGACGCGGCGACGUUGUCGUGGCCACACGGUGCUGGCCCGGCCACUUUCGCGAAUCAAUUUCCGUUGCGGUGGCCGUUUCAGUUUUGGUUUCAACGUCGCCGGCGAUACGCGUGUCGUGAAUUUCCAAUGGCGGUUCUAGUGGGUGUUGUUCCGAAAUAGAAGUGCGAAAAACCAGAAACAGUGUUUAAGUGGCAAGUGGCAAGCAACCAAAGCCAAAGAAAGAGUAUAGAAAAAAAUAAAGCAAGACAACACACGCCAUCACACUCAUGUUGUUGUGCCCCGAAGUUGUUGGCCCAGAGCCACCGCGGCAAAGGCAUCGCACCAGUGCGGCCAGGAUACGCAAGAGACCGAAAUGCUGCUGUGGCAAUCAGGAGGAGCAGUUGGAGCAUCUGGAGCCGGAACAGCAGUCUCCGAACCCUAGCUAUAGCCAUCGCCAGAGUCUCACACUGGCGCGGGUCACAGCGGCCGCUCUCACCACGGCGGCCAUGUUGCACACAACGAACGCCCUGGCCACCAGCUCAUCGUCAUCCGCAUCCUCAUCGUCAUCCGCCGGAUCUGCACUGCCAUUGCCGGGCACUGCCACGCCCCCAUCGCACGAACUGAACGCCACGCUGCUGAGCAGCACGGCGGCGGGCCUGAUCUUCAACGAGAGCGGAUACAAAGAUCCUGGCCUGGGACUCAAUCCCGACGAGGACUGGCUGGACAACAUCUUCUGGGUGUUCAAGGCCUUCGUUAUGCUGCUCAUCAUUAUUGCGGCCAUCUGCGGCAAUCUGCUUGUUAUUAUUUCUGUGAUGCGUGUUAGAAAAUUAAGAGUUAUAACGAAUUACUUUGUAGUUUCCUUAGCCAUGGCUGAUAUAAUGGUCGCUAUUAUGGCCAUGACAUUUAACUUUAGUGUGCAAGUAACUGGGCGCUGGCUCUUCAGCCCCUUCCUGUGCGAUUUGUGGAACAGCCUCGAUGUCUACUUCUCAACAGCGAGUAUUUUGCAUUUAUGCUGCAUAUCUGUGGAUAGAUACUAUGCGAUUGUUAAGCCGCUCAAGUAUCCCAUCAGCAUGACGAAACGCGUCGUCGGCAUUAUGCUGCUGAACACAUGGAUAUCGCCGGCGCUGCUCUCGUUCUUGCCCAUCUUCAUCGGCUGGUACACCACCGACCAGCAUAAGGUGUUCGUCGUGGAGAAUCCGGACCAGUGCUCCUUCGUGGUGAACAAGUACUACGCCGUCAUCUCGAGCUCGAUUUCGUUCUGGAUCCCCUGCACCAUCAUGAUCUUCACCUACCUGGCCAUCUUCCGCGAGGCCAAUCGCCAGGAGAAGCAGCUGAUGAUGCGCCACGGCAACGCGAUGCUCAUGCACCGCCCCUCCAUGCAGCCCUCAGGCGAGGCGCUGAGCGGCUCCGGUUCGUCGAAAACUUUGACGCUGCACGAGGUCGAGCAGGAGCACACCCCCACUAAGGACAAGCACUUAAUCAAAAUGAAGCGGGAGCACAAGGCCGCACGCACGCUGGGCAUCAUCAUGGGCACCUUCAUCCUCUGCUGGCUGCCAUUCUUUUUGUGGUACACGCUCUCCAUGACAUGCGAGCCGUGCCAAGUGCCGGAAAUCGUCGUAUCGAUCCUGUUCUGGAUUGGCUACUUCAACUCGACGCUCAACCCGCUGAUCUACGCGUACUUCAAUCGGGACUUCCGGGAGGCGUUCCGCAACACGCUGCUCUGCCUGUUCUGCAACUGGUGGAAGGACCGCCAUCUGCCGCUGGACAUCGACAUCCGGCGCUCCAGCCUGCGCUAUGACCAGCGGGCGAAGAGCGUCUACUCGGAGAGCUACCUCAACUCGACGACGCCCUCGCAUCGCCGCCAGUCGCAGAUGGUGGACAACUUAUAAUACAGGGACGAGGCGCUGCUGACGCCCAUUGCCCAGCAGCGGCAACGGCUGGCGGCGGGCGGGUCCGAAUGCGGAUCUCGUCUGGGCGGACAGUUGGCAGCUGCCGUCGACAGGGAUAGGGAUAUAGAUAGGGACAGGGAUAAGGACAAGGCCAAGUCGCACGUUGACCGCCUGGCGGGCUGCGACGAUGUGCAGGAGAUCCAGAUCGAAAUACCCAUGGAGUACAUCAACAAAUGGAACAAGAACAACAAUGCUGCCGCCUCGACGUCCUCCAGCCAUGUGUAAAUGUAAAGUGCUCGAUGGGGCGGCGAAUCAAUCGAUGGCAGAACGGCAACCGGGGGGAGGAAUCAAUUUAAUGCAAUUAAAAUGUUCCAUUAAUUUGUAAAAUUAAUAUGCCGGCUCAUCUCAUGCGUUGGCUGACUUACUCGUAAUGUUGACAUUAAUCAAUCAUGCUUCGAAGCGUGCCAUUUCAUUUGCCCGCCACUGUGCACCCAUCGAUUGCUUUUUUUGUUGAAAAUAAUCUACAUGUAUAUUUUUUUUUUGCAAACUGAAGCACAGAUCGGGGCUCUUGUAGGUUAACUUAUUUAUUUAUGUUUUCGUGUCGUUUAAAUCUUGUUGUAAAUACUGAGUAUUUUUGUACGACUAAAUUAAGCACAGGUUGUAAACUCAUCUCUAUAUGUAUGCCAAUCGGAAAACUGUAUGCCCCAAAGCAUUUUGCUCACUCAAAUGAAAAACCAAAAAUAAAUUAAUCAAAAUGGCAA